CCCGUUAGCAAGGAACAAGGAAGGGACACAAACACCAUGGAAGGAAAACUUGUUUUAUCUUUAAUAACGUUAUUAACAACCCUUUAAUUAUUUUAACAGUUAUUCUUAGCGAUUGAUCUCUUUCAAUACUCUCAGAUCAUCUAAUAAUGGAGUAUUUCAAGCGAACCCUGAACACUGACUGUGAGAACAUACUUGGUCGUUUUCAAGCCACGGCAUCUGUGCGCUUCGAGGUGUUCUCGGCUAUCUGGAGAGAAAUUAAUUUUUCAAGUAUAUUUUAUGGUCCUAUGGAGCCCAACAAGUGCAGAGUCUUCACACGUUUGGUCCUGUCUGUAGCAGCACCUUAUCUCCUCCCACCGUAUGCCUUCCAGAUUCGUGUAGGAGGACUUUACCUUCUCUACGGCCUCUAUAGCUCCCAGCUCACAACUCCCAAAGAGAAGGUCCGCUUGGCUCUGAAGGACUGGGACGAACUGAUGAGGUUCCAGCAGGACGCGGUGGACGCCCAGCACUAUGAUGUGGUGUUCAUACUAAGAAAACUCCUGCAUGAAAGAGCCUUCCAUUUCACUGCCAUGCCAAACCCCCUAUACUUUAAGGUGAAGAGGAGGCAGGUGGAAAGACAGGGCCAGCAGCUGUGCGAGACCUUUAUUGAUCGACCGUCCCGUGCACAGGAGCUCAUCAGUACAGACAUGCUAGAGGAGCUGGCUAAUGUGCAUGAGCACUAUGAAAACUUGAAGCGGGUGAUAUCAGCACAGACGGAUCAGCCGAUACUCAGCCUGGUCAAACAGAACCUUGUACCCAAACUGCGAGGCGCGGUACUCACCUAUUACAACUGGCAGCGGAACCAGACUGAGUUUGAAGAUCAGCAUGCUGAGAGUGACAGAGGUGCAGGAGAGGGAACAUCAAAUCAAGAUGAGAGUUCCCGCAGAGCACAGCUCCUGGCAUUAAUUAAAUCCAAGUCUUACGGUCAGGCUGUGGAGGCUUCUAAAUCCCGUCGCCACAGACAAAUAGAGAUUGCAUCAUCAGAUACAAAAUCAGAACCUGCACCGAAUGUUCUGGGCCUUAAGAAGAGAUCCUUGAAGAAAGAAAGCCUCAGAAAGCGUACCUCUGGGAGCCUGCACAGCAUGAACCAAGGAAACCUGAACAGGGAGCUGGAAAGCACUACCCGGUUGUGGCGCCUGACAAUGGUGGAUGACGAGAAGAUCAAGGUAGAGACAAAUAAAAGAAGAUUCAAAUGGAAUCAGAAAGACAGCUGAUUUGACAAGUUACCUACGAGUUAUUGUGUUGACACAAAGGCCAAAAUGCCCAGGUGCUGAGAGAUACAAUAAUGCAAACUGAUUUUACUCUCUUACAGUCUGCCAAUUGACAUUUAAGUGCUUAAAGCACAAUAUUUGACCCCCUGUCUCCAAAAAGUUGUUCUUUUAAACAUCUCAUCAGAAGAGCAUUCACAGUCUAAACAGAUCAAGCAGAAUUGCUGUUUUGGUUUGGAAAUUGUCAUGUCCACUGUCAACUGUGAACCUCACUGCAGUGAAAUCAGCUCUCCAAUGUAGCAAAAAGGAGCCCCAUGAUGAAUUACAACAUUAUUAUAACAGGUGGGGGGGCCAACUCACCCUCCUGGAAGACUGGAAUUGUGCUAAUGUUAUAACAAAAUGUUUUGAGUGUUGACUUCUUAAUAUAAUCUUUUAUUUAUUUAUUUUUUUAUCUGUUUUACAUGUUUUUGACAUGUUCUACUAAGAUGUUACUUCUUUUAUCCAAAUGUGAAAAACAUUUUGUAAUAAUAAUGUUGAUUAUUGAGUCUAAAUGUUGUUUUCUACAUAAACGUGUUCCGAA